GUUAAAUUUGCCCUGUUUUCCACCGUCAUUUGAUCUGCUAUCAUGACUCAUGGUGUAGAAUACACAACCAUAUCCCAGAGUUGUUAAUCUUUGGCUUACUAGAUCAAGUGAAGGAGACACUUUUAUCGGUACGCUUGUCACUUGUAUUUUCUUUUGAGUAUACUUUCUUGAAGAACAACAUUCGUUCUCUUUAAUUUACUCGAGGGCUUGAAUUAUGGAAGAUAGUUGAUGUUUGUCUAGGAGAUGGAACCACUCGACGUGGUUAAGCUUUUAAAGUUGACGGGAAGAAAGUAAUUUCUCUUGUCGUACUUGUUGGUUUAGCUCUUAAAUUUUCAUAUUCUCUUUAAACGCUCAUUGAUUUGAUAAGAGCAUGCCCAUGAGCCUGUUGUUUCAAGGAUUAUGGAAAUGGCGGGGAAUGGAUUUGUUAAACGUCUCACGGGUGACCUUUUAUUUCUUGAUUCAUCGCCUCUUUCCAAGCUCUUGAACCAAUGUGCUCGCUCGAAGUCAGCUAGAGACACGAGUCGUGUUCAUGCUUGCAUAAUUAAAUCGCCCUUUGCGUCCGAAGUUUUUAUCCAAAAUAGGCUCAUUGAUGUAUAUGGGAAAUGUGGAUGUGUGGGUGUUGCUCGCAAGGUGUUUGAUAGAAUGCUUGAGAGAAAUAUUUUCUCUUGGAACUCCAUUAUUUGUGCAUUCACUAAGUCCGGAUUUCUUGAUGAUGCUGUCCACAUCUUUGAGAAGAUGCCUCAAGUUGACCAAUGCUCGUGGAAUUCUAUGAUUUCGGGUUUUGAACAACAUGAUUGCUUUGAUGAAGCUUUAAAAUAUUUUGUUCAAAUGCACGGUCAUGGAUUUUUUAUGAAUGAAUAUUCAUUCGGUAGUGCUCUCAGUGCUUGUGCAGGUUUACAAGAUUUGAAAAUGGGUUCCCAAAUCCACAGUUUAAUAUAUAGGUCAAAUUAUUUAUCAGAUAUGUAUAUGGGCUCUGCUCUAGUAGAUAUGUACUCUAAAUGUGGAAGAGUUGAUUGUGCUCGAAGUGUUUUUGAUGGAAUGACUGUGAGAAGUAGAGUUUCCUGGAAUAGCUUGAUUACGUGUUAUGAACAGAACGGCCCAGUUGAUGAGGCUCUUAGUAUUUUUGUCGAGAUGAUCGAAUGUGGGGUCGAACCUGAUGAAGUAACUCUUGCUAGUGUUGUUAGUGCAUGUGCAACUGUCUCGGCAAUCAAAGAAGGUCAGCAGAUUCAUGCUCGAGUUGUGAAAUGUGAUGAAUUUAGAAAUGAUCUUAUUUUAGGCAAUGCGUUGCUUGAUAUGUAUGCUAAAUGUAAUAGGAUUAACGAGGCUAGAAUAGUUUUCGAUCGGAUGCCAAUUAGGAGUGUGGUGUCUGAAACCUCAAUGGUAAGUGGAUAUGCAAAAGCAUCAAGUGUUAAAGCUGCAAGAUCUAUGUUUUCAAAUAUGAUGGUGAAAGAUGUAAUUACUUGGAAUGCUCUUAUUGCCGGAUGUACACAAAAUGGAGAGAAUGAAGAGGCACUUACACUCUUCCGUCUUUUGAAAAGGGAGUCUGUUUGGCCUACACACUACACAUUUGGCAAUCUCCUCAAUGCUUGUGCAAACCUUGCUGAUUUGCAGCUUGGCCGACAGGCUCACUCUCAUGUUUUAAAACACGGAUUUCGAUUCCGAUAUGGAGAUGAGUCAGAUAUCUUUGUUGGGAAUUCUCUAAUAGAUAUGUAUAUGAAAUGUGGAUCAGUUGAGAGUGGUUGUAGGGUGUUUGAACGUAUGUUGGAAAGGGAUUGUGUGUCAUGGAAUGCUAUGAUAGUUGGAUAUGCACAAAAUGGUUUUGGCAACAAGGCCCUUGGAAUUUUCAGUGAAAUGUUAGAAUCAGGAGAGAAACCAGAUCAUGUAACAAUGAUUGGUGUUCUGUCUGCCUGUAGUCAUGCCGGGCUGCUCGAUGAAGGCCGCCAUUACUUUCGAUCGAUGCGUGCACGACAUGGUUUGGUACCGUUAAAGGAUCAUUAUACAUGUAUGGUUGAUUUACUUGGGCGAGCUGGCUGCCUUGAAGAAGCAAAAAAUAUAAUAGAGGAGAUGCCAAUGCAGCCUGAUGCUAUCGUUUGGGGAUCAUUGCUUGCGGCUUGUAAAGUCCAUAGGAACAUAAAAUUGGGGGAAUAUGUAGUGGAGAAGCUUUUAGAGGUAGAUCCUGAGAAUUCUGGGCCAUAUGUUCUUCUCUCUAAUAUGUAUGCUGAACGUGGAGAUUGGGGGAAUGUUAUGAGAAUAAGGAAGCUGAUGAGACAGAGAGGAGUGGUUAAACAACCAGGUUGCAGUUGGAUUGAAAUUCAGGGUGAGUUGAAUGUUUUUAUGGUUAAAGAUAAAAGACAUGCAAGGAAGCAAGAAAUCUACAUGCUUUUGAGGACACUUUUACAGCAGAUGAAACGGGCUGGAUAUGUCCCAUAUGUUGGCAAUGACGAGAUUGAUGAAGAACAAUAGAAGAUACACGACAAACCCUCAUUGGUUAAUUUAUGAAAUCCCACGUUGGUUGGAGAGGAGAACGAAACACUCUUUAUAAGGGUGU